AUGCACCGUUUGUCAGAACACGUGGUGGUGGGUGAUGGUGAUGAGCAGGAGGGAGAGCAUGGCACGGGCAGGCACGGUGUGCGGUGUGAGAGUGGGCCCUCGAAGCACGGCAGAGACGGCGAGCACAGCAUGCUGAUGCAUGUGAGGGGCAUGGCCGAGGAGCCUGGAAGGCCGGGGGAUGGCCCAUGGCAGGCGGCAGAGACGGGAGGUGUGGGAGUGGGACCUCAAGCGGCCAGGGCGCCACCAGUCAUCAUCGUCAUCGUUGCACUCUCCCGCCUCACCACCUUCUUCAGGCGCGUUCCACUCCUCCUCUACCGCCUCCGCUGCCUCCUUUGCAGCGUCAUCCUCCUCUGUCGCCUACAGCUCCUCGAACGGCACGGGGGCCUCGGCGUAGAACGGGUUGACGACGACCUCGUCAUCGACGAGGUCGUUGACGUUGUCAAGGACCUCCACCUCACCCUUGUCCCGCAUGUGGGUCACCCCAUACUCCCACGAGCAAUACCCCAGGUCACCCCAUACUCCAUGAGCAAUACCCCAGGUCACCCCAUACUCCCACGAGCAAUACCCCAGGUCACCCCAUACCCCAUGAGCAAUAACCCAGGUCACCCCAUACUCCCACGAGCAAUACCCCAGGUCACCCCAUACCCCAUGAGCAAUACCCCAGGUCACCCCAUACCCCGUCACCCCAUACUCCCACGAGCAAUACCCCAGGUCACCCCAUACCCCAUGAGCAAUACCCCAGGUCACCCCAUACUCCCACGAGCAAUACCCCAGGUCACCCCAUACCCCAUGAGCAAUACCCCAGGUCACCCCAUACUCCCACGAGCAAUACCCCAGGUCACCCCAUACCCCAUGAGCAAUACCCCAGGUCACCCCAUACUCCCACGCGCAAUACCCCAGGUCACCCCAUACCCCAUGAGCAAUACCCCAGGUCACCCCAUACUCCCACGCGCAAUACCCCAGGUCACCCCAUACCCCAUGAGCAAUACCCCAGGUCACCCCAUACUCCCACGAGCAAUACCCCAGGUCACCCCAUACCCCAUGAGCAAUACCCCAGGUCACCCCAUACUCCCACGAGCAAUACCCCAGGUCACCCCAUACCCCAUGCGCAAUACCCCAGGUCACCCCAUACUCCCACGAGCAAUACCCCAGGUCACCCCAUACCCCAUGAGCAAUACCCCAGGUCACCCCAUACUCCCACGAGCAAUACCCCAGGUCACCCCAUACCCCAUGAGCAAUGACCCAGGUCACCCCAUACCCCAUGAGCAAUACCCCAGGUCACCCCAUACCCCAUGCGCAAUAGCCCAGGUCACCCCAUACUCCCACGAGCAAUACCCCAGGUCACCCCAUACCCCAUGCGCAAUACCCCACGUCACCCCAUACCCCAUGAGCAAUACCCCAGGUCACCCCAUACUCCCACGAGCAAUACCCCAGGUCACCCCAUACCCCAUGAGCAAUACCCCAGGUCACCCCAUACUCCCACGAGGAAUACCCCAGGUCACCCCAUACCCAAUGAGCAAUACCCCAGGUCACCCCAUACUCCCACGAGCAAUACCCCAGGUCACCCCAUACCCCAUGAGCAAUACCCCAGGUCACCCCAUACUCCCACGAGCAAUACCCCAGGUCACCCCAUACCCCAUGAGCAAUACCCCAGGUCACCCCAUACUCCCACGCGCAAUACCCCAGGUCACCCCAUACACCAUGAGCAAUACCCCAGGUCACCCCAUACUCCCACGAGCAAUACCCCAGGUCACCCCAUACCCCAUGCGCAAUACCCCAGGUCACCCCAUACCCCAUGAGUAA